AGCUGCGCCUUUGGUUUCAGUGUGUGAGAGCCUGUUCAAACCGCGGCUCCCUCUCUCACUCACAGCCCACGUCCCUAUUUAAACAGCGCUCACUGCGGCUCCGGACAAAGUCGGCCUGAGCUGAAGCCGCCGAUCUCAACAGUGUCCAAGUCCGGCUCAGUGUUCAGGGCGAUGGGGGUCGUUCCGUAUCUCUGUCUCCUCCUGUCUUCUCUGGCAGGCGUGCUGUCCGAUGUCGUGCUGACACAGCCCAAGUCAGCGGUGGUAAAGCCCGGACAGUCCCACAGACUGACCUGUGAGGUCAGUGGGUUCAGCCUCAGCAGUUAUCGCAUGCACUGGGUGAAACAGGUCCCCGGGAAAGGGCUGGAGUGGGUGAUGGUGAUAGACUCUAAUAGUCUCAAAUACUACGCGCCUGGAGUCCAGAGCCGCUUCACCGCUUCCAAGGACAGCAGCACCGUCUAUCUGCAAAUGAACAGCCUGAGACUGGACGACACGGCCACCUAUUACUGUGCGAGAGAUGACAGCAGGGGCACACAUUGUGACUACGACCUUGACUACUGGGGCGGAGGAACCUCGCUGACAGUGACUUCAGAUGUCAAGUCCACACCAUCAGUCUACAUCACUCCUUCCUGCAACAGAGAAUCUGACCAAGGCAUCAGGCUCCUCUGUCUGGUCAAGGACUAUCAGCCUGAGAGCAUCAGUCAGACAUGGUCCACUAACAGUGGGGACAUCACCACAGGAAUCAAGAAAUACCCGGCGGUGUUGGGGCAAAAUUCAAAGUACACGAUGAGCAGCUUGCUCGAAGUCUCUGCGGCGGACUGGAAGAAGAAUAAAGUCUACACGUGCAAGGCAGGGAUGGUGACAGCGGAGUUCCAGAAACCUCAAUCUCCGAAGCUCAGCUCCCUUGUUCCAUCUCGGGAGGUGAUCCACAGUCAAGCAAAUGCUGUCCUGGGCUGUGUGAUAUCUGGAUUCUCUCCUGACAACGUUCAGGUAUCCUGGAAAAAAGCUGGAUCUGCCCAAGAAGGCAUCGUUCUCCCUUCCACUCGGAGAUCUGGUGGUGGAUUUGAAACAAUCGCUUACCUGACAGUGCCUGUGCAGGAAUGGAAGAAACAGAAAUAUACUUGUGAAGUGAAUCACACUCCUUCCGGUUUCAGUGGUCAGGUCAACAUGACGUAUCAAGAGGAGUUGUCUGUCUUUAUCCAAAAUCCCUCCAUUGAAGAGAUGUGGAUCAACCAGACCGCUACUCUGGUGUGUAUGAUUGUGGGUGCUGAUCUGAGCCAGGUCCAAAUCCACUGGCAGGUGAACAUGGGAGAAAAUCAAAAAACCAAAAAACCGAGAGAGGAAGGAACCCGAGACACAGUGAUCAGCCAACUCCAGACCAGUGUGGAGGAGUGGGCCAGUGGGGUGGAGUACACUUGCUCUGCCCAACAACCUUCUUCAACCUCACCAGUAUCAGCACGGACAAAAAGUACCAAAGUGGAGACAAAAGGUCCCAAAGUCAGACUGCUGCCUCCACCAGAGGGAGAGACCAAGAGUGGGAACACGGUCACUCUCGAGUGUAUUGCUUCUGGAUUCUACCCAAACCAAAUAACCAUCACCUGGGAGAAAGGGGACUCUCUGAUCUCUUCCAACAUCAGUGUGAGACCAACUGCUCUGGAACAGGCGGGGACUUUCAUUGCCAGCUACGUCCUGACCGUGAGCACAGAGGAGUGGAAGGAAGGCUCAGUUUUCAGGUGCACAGUGUCUCAUCCCCCCUCCAACACCAGCGUCAAGGAGGAUGUGAAAAACAUUCAAGAAACCUGCACAGACUUGACAGGAGAGGAGGGGAAGGAAGAACAGGGACAUGUGGAUGGAGAUGACAAUCUGCCUACAGUUGCUGCCUUUGCCAUUCUGUUCAUCAUCAGUUUCCUCUACAGCACCUUCGUCACCGUUGUCAAGGUUCAGGAGUGACCAGCAGAUACACGCCCCACAUUCAGACAAGAGAUCCCCGUGUGGCUGCGACGUUUGGAGAUGGAGUCUCCAUCUCACUCACUCGGCAAUCCGAGGCUACUGCACUGCAACUGCUCAUUUCAGAAUAUAAACCUCUAGAUGCACCGAGGAUGCCAGAUGGAAAAUGGAGGCACGGAGCCGGUUAGGUGGGCGGAGGAACAGCAGUGGAUGAUACGUUGGGAGAAUGGCAGGAUAUGUGACACUGGAGGGGUUAUACAGGAGGAGAGAGGAAGGCAGGGUUAAGGCUUGGGAAUGGGGAGCAGGGAAUGGGAGUGUGGUUAGUGAAGGAGAACAGGGAAGUGAUGAAGUGGCUGUUAUUAUAGAGCAAGAAGGUGACAUGGG